CAAUUGCCGAUACCGCUAAUUCACUCAUAAGUUCACUGAUCACUUGGGUGGGUUCAUUUCAGCGCAGCUUUGCCAGCCUUAAGCAACCAUUAACGAGGUCAUAGCAGCAGAAAUCCAUUACAGCAUUAAAAAUCUCUUGUUUUAGAACAGGUUUGCAUUACAUUUAUGGCUUUGGUCAAAGGAGUGACAGGGGAAAGUUUUAAGAUGCAGAGGAUGUUCAACAGAAGUAAAAGCCUAAAUGUGGAGCUUGGACCACCUAGGAAGAAACUUAAGACGUCGCGGCCAAAGUUCGAGUUCUCUCUGGACGACCUUAACCGUCACCUGUACACGAGGGACGAACUCAAGUCCACGAAUGACCAGUCCAUAAAGGACUCGAAGAAAGAGGAUGAGAUGUGUUUCUGGUGUGAUGCCAUCACUCCUCAAGACAAUUUCAAGUGUCCCUAUCACGGAGAAAAGAAACACGAGAAACCGGCUGAGCCUGCCAAACCUGAAGUGCCAUAUGCUUUAAGCAGUAUCCCAGAUGAAGUUAGACUCUGCAAGUCAAAUAUCCCGGGCGCAGGUUAUGGGAUCCAGGCAAACACAGUCAUCCCUGCAGGUGCUUGGAUUGGGCCCUACGAAGGAAAUAUGGUGAAAGCAGAGGAUGCACCGAAGGAGAAAAACUUUUACAUGUGGGAGAUAUUCAAAGACGGCAGACUCUAUGGCUUCAUAGACGGCAGUGACCACAACACGGCCAGCUGGAUGCGAUUUAUAAGAUGCGCGCGCAACAAAGAGGAGCAGAACCUCUUUGCAUUCCAGUAUCUUGGCAAGAUCUACUACCGUACAUACAGAACCAUCCCCAUGGGGGAGGAGUUGCUAGUAUGGUAUGACGACAAGUAUACUCAGUACAUGGAAAUGCCAUUUGCGCCAACGGCGGAAGUCGCCAUAGCAACUACUGAUGGAAAUCUACUUCAGUUACUCAGGAAAGUUCCAGCACACGAGACACCAGAGCCGAUCGCUGGUCCAGUCACACCCCCAGCCACGCCCACAAAACGACAAAACUUCACCUUUACAGGACCCACUUCUGGACUUGAAAAGAACAAAGCCUUGCAGAUGCGCUUUAGUUACCAGAGAAUAGGUGCCCUGCAGUCCCCAGGAGCUACCAGGGAGGCAAAUGGCCCUGAGAAGCCAGCAACCUUUAAACCUCUUACGAGCACAACUGCUAAAACUGCAAUGGUAUCCCCAGUGAAGCCAUCACCCCAACACUCAAAGGGCUUCGAACUAGAGAUCACUCAACCAAAAACUGUAAAACCAUCUGUGGAGAUGACAAAUAAAGUCGCGUUUCCACCGAGCCCGAACUCGGGUUCGUCAGCUGAUAGCCUGUCUUCUCCCUCAUCGAAAGGCUGCUUCAAGUUUGACGCUUCAGCACCCGUAGAGGUCGUAGGCACAGAAAGAAACGAUGUGGUCGAGACGAGUUUGUGGCGAUGUGGACAGUGCAAGAAGUCCUUCGCACAGCGUGCAAUGCUUCAGAUUCACGUGUGCGCACGCAUUCCUAACAGACCCUACCAAUGCGGCCACUGCGGAGACAGCUUUUGUCAGCCAAGUGAGCUGCGCGCGCAUGCUGUCGUUCACCAAGGCAGGAAGCCAUUCAAGUGCGGGUAUUGCUCGCGCGCGUUUUCAGGGGCAACAACGCUGAACAAUCACAUUCGUACGCAUACGGGCGAGAAACCAUUCACGUGCGAGAAGUGCGGGAAAACAUUUACACAGGGUUCCCAGUUGAGCAGACAUCACAAGAUACCCGGGGACUGUGUGCCCAGAUCGUGACUGGAAAAAGGAAAACGGGAAACAAAACAUUUUAACUCCGAAAACAGCAAGCCACUGAAAAAAUCUUUGAAAUGCUCACAACAAACAUUAUGAAUAUGAAACCUGGCAUUAUGGGUUAUAUUUUAUAUGUAUUUGGACCAUACCUCGCUUUUAACGAUAACAAAUUUUGUAAUUUUGUUAAUAAAUUUUGUAUUAUUGUAGUGUGCACAUCAGAAGGUGGGACUUGAUAUUUCCUGCCUUGCGAGAUGUUUUGUGCAGAUGAAUAAAACAUUAAAACAUA